AUGCCACCUAUGCCCCUCUCAUGCUCCACAACCUUCCAUGGCUCCCCAGUACCCUGUUCACACCCAGUCUUGUCCAGAAUUUACACCCUCACACUCCAUCCCCCAUUCUACUCACCUUCCUUAAAAGAACAACCCUCCCUCCCCUGCUUGCGUUUUCCUACCAGGUUUCUACCCCCUGACAUGCUGUAUUUUACUUACUUAGUUAUGGAUUAUCAGUCUCCCCCAGCAGGAUGCCAGCUCCAAGAAGUGUGUCUGUGGUUUGUUCCCUGCUGUGAACAGUACCUGGUAUUCAGUAAGCGCAAAUGUUUAUUGCGCUUAAAUGUUUAUUGA